AUGAGGUGCUGUGUGACUAAGUACAUUGUUACCUUAAUUACAAUAGUUGUAUCCCUACAUUAUUACUGUCAAGUUAAUGAUUGUAGUGGAAAUUUACAACAAGUUUGUCAUUAUACUACUCCAAAGGUAUGGGAUUCAAUUUUAUCUUCUAAAGUCCCAGCUUAUAAUGAAUACGUUUCUCCAGGACUUUUACAGGUGAAGGAAAAAUAUAGUACCUAUAUUCAACCUCAUUUAUCUCCUUAUUGUUCCAUUGUUCAUGAAAAAGUUAUUACUCCAUCAAUUGCAUGUUCCAAGAAAACUUUUGCAAAGAUAAAGUUUUCUCCUUUCAGAGAAUGCCUUUCCAAACAUGGUUCUACCGUUCAAAAGAAAGUUAACCUUUAUUAUAACAUUUACAUUCAACCAUACUACGUUAAAUUUGUUCAGCCAUACACCAAUAAACUAUGUCCAUUUGUGGCCCCAGUUUGCCACCAGGUUAAAAACCAAUUUGAUACCUUCAAACAAAUGGUAGGUGCUCAAUAUUCAACUUUGCAAGGAAAGAUUGCUGAUAAAGUCUCUUCAAUUUCUUCUUCUGUUUCUGCUUCCGUAUCAACUUCUGUCACUACAGCAACAACCACCGCUACAUCCACAGUGACGGACUCUAUUGUUGAAGAAAGAGAUUACAAUGAAGAUGAAGAAGAGAUUGAUACUGACACUGAAACUUCCACCGUCAUCAAGACAGUAACAGUUGACACUGAAGAACCAAUCGCCACAGCGACCCCCGCAGAUGUUUCCUCUUCUGAUGUGGACAUUAACGAACAAGCGGCAUUACAAGCUGAUUUUGAAAAUUGGUCCAACACAAUCUCUAACAAGAUUGAAUCAAUCACCAAACUAUUUGACAAAGAUGUGAACAAAUUCAUGAAGAAAACUUUAAAUGAAAAGAAGGAUAUGUUCAGUGAUAAAAUUGGGAACUUGAAUUCAGAAACUGAAGCCAUCUUUGCCAAAUUGAACAAGGCAAUUCAAGAUAUUAGUUGUAUCAAAGGUGAAGACCCUGUCACUGGUGAAAUCAUUUAUUUCAAUAAGGAUGGAACUACACAAAUUGAAAAAUAUGUGGAUCGUCCAUUUGUCCGUGAAUUAUUUGAAGAAGCCCAUAACAGUUUGAAUGAUUUGAUUUCUGAUAUUCAACACGAAGAAGAAUCUUUGAUUGAUCAAAUUAAUAAGAGAGUUCAAUUGAUUCGUGAAGAACAUCUCGAUUUGUAUGAAGAUUGGGCUGAUACUAUGAUUAAUGAAUGGUCCAAGAGAAUGGCUUAUGUUGAUGUCGUUGCUGCUCAUUUGAACAAUGAAGAAAAUGGCGACGACGAAGGAGAAGCAAAUGAUUCUGAUGAAAAUUGGAAGAAAUUCUUAUCUGUUAAGAAACAAGCUAUUAAUUCAAGAGAUGAAUUGAUCACUCAUCCUGCAAAAGUGGAACCUUUAGAAAAUUUCUUUAACGAAAUUCAAGAAACUUUGAAAUUAUUAUCCAAGGAUGCUGGUGAAUACUUAUAUAUCUUAAGGUCCAAGGCUAAUUUGGAAUUCCAAGCUCGUGAAGAAGAAGAAGGUAAAAAGGAAGAAUCUCAAGUUUCCGAUGAAACUGAAGUUGAAGCUGAAUCUACGCCAACUGAAGAAGAAGAACAACCUGAAGUUACAGCUGAAACCGAAAUCGAAGUCGAAGAAGUUACCGCUACGGAAACUGAAAUUGAAACUGCUACGGAAAUUGAAACUGAAUAUGUUGCUGAAGAAACCAAUAUUCCUGAAGAUUCUGCUGUUGAGCAAGAUCAAGAAGAAUGA